UAUAAUAGUGCCUAAUUGUUUUUUUUUUUAUUUAUAAGUGUAACCUAGAAGAUAAACGUGAUACAGUGGUGGCGAAGCUCGUACACUAUUCACUAUGCCCAACUUGCUGUGCUAUUAUUUCGAUUAUUUCAAUCAGAAGGAUUUCAUUAGAACUUCUUAUAAGAGCAAUGCAUUAAUAUCGGGUGUGUUCAAGUGGAUUCUGGUCGUGAUUAUCGUGUGCAUUUGUACCCGAAAUCAGCGUAUUUCGAAAAUGGGAAAAGAGUCUCCGGCUCCGGUGAUGUGCUCGGGGAAUUUACUAGACCAACGGGAUCACCACUACGCAAAAGAAGCUGAUGGAUCGUACGACAACAGUCGAAUGAUAUCCAAAUUGGGAUCUUGCCACCUGAUGCGUUACACUUUUAAUCAAGUAGUUGGCUGUUUUAAUGAUGUGCUUAAUGAAAAUAAUGAGCGAUACUACUUAGACCGGAAUCCUUCUAAUAAUCUGAAUUUCAUCAAAAGACCCAAUAAAAAUUUGCAUUUUGCAUUCAUAGGCGAUUCCAGAAUUCGACAACAAUUUUUUAACUUGCUCAAGUUGAUUCCAGACUACGACCGGAAAUCAGAACCAAGCCCACUCCCAUUUGUUUAUCACGGUGAUAUGGAAGUUACUAGCGAUAUAAUGAGACUACGCUUAUCCUUUCAAUGGCGACCUCUAAUUAAUGACAGUGUUAUCGAUACGAUACGUCAGUGGGCAACUUAUAGUCAAACUGAUCGACCAGACUUGAUUAUUCUAGGUAUUGCCAUGUGGCAUAUGUUUUCAACGCCGAAAGAAGACGACCAUAAAGUUUAUCGGGAACAACUGAAGCGACUCGCUCCGUUCCUCGACCAGUUGGCGAAUGUCAGCAAAGUUAUCUGGCUCAACCAAUACCCAGUCGUAGAAAAGUAUGGUAACAUUGGCGCUAUGAACACGGAGGUUUUUUCGGAAAAGAUCGAUCACUACAAUGAAGCCGUUCGGUCUGAACUUCAGAAUUAUCCAGAAAUGCGAAUCUUGUGGGAUUCAAGUAAUUCAUUAGUUGAGGAAUACAUUCGCGGAUGUGUUGUCUUUCAACAGCGCCUGCAACUUGGAGUGUACCUGGUCACAGAUCCAGAUUAUUCCUAUAUUAACUGCAAUGAUUGCAGGCACCCAGGGUACUCGGCCCUGUCGCAAGCCACUCAACUUCUUUUAAAUGACCUUUGCAACGGCCAACAUUUAAAUUUCCCCCUUAAAUAAUAUCGGCAUUCACAUUCACAUUCACAUACCUUUUUCCCUUUCACAUACAUUAGGAUUGUGAACGCCAUGAACUUUUCUUAUGGUAAGUGAAAUCUCCGAAUUUUAUCAAAUCCACCCAGAAGCACAUCAUACCCAUUGGCAACUAUUCCAAGGACUGGGG